AUGUCUGCACAAGCGGCGGCCGCUCAGGCACCAGGCAAGAAGCAGCAAGACCUCCAAACCGCGUAUUCAAAUUACAAAACCACAUUGCAGCAAAUGGCGCAGAAGAUCGGGGACAUUGAGCAAGAAGCUGAAGAACACAAGCUGGUUCUGGAGACCCUGGAGCCUCUGUCGGCAGAUCGCAAGUGUUUUCGGCUCAUCAACGGCAUUCUCGUGGAGAGGACGGUCCGGGAUGUGGUUCCCGCACUGAAGACGAACCAAGAUGGUCUGAAGAAGGUGCUGGACGACCUUGUGAAGCAGUACAAGACCAAGCAGGAUGAACUGGACAAGUGGAAGAAGGAGAACAAUGUGCAAGUGGUGCAGCAAUGA